AUGGCGUAUGACGAAACUGACAAGAUAGAAAUCCCUAUUACAAAGUUACAAUGGGGUUUCAGAGGCGCUCAAAUAUUAUUUGCGUUAUUAGCAACGUUCACCAUUUCAGCAGUUAUUGGAUGGGAUAAUAAAUUUUUCUCAGCUAGUUUAUUUUCAGUAUUUUUCCUUUUCUUUUUACUUUUAUCAACCUUCUUUGCUGCAGCAAUUGUUGGUAUUCCUCACCUCUAUAAUACAAAGGGAAAAUUCAAGAAUGCAGCUAGAGCAUUAGGAGUUCCUAGAUUUGAAUUCGUUUUGUCGGCAAUUUGGGCUGUCUUAAUAUUCAUAUUUACAUUUUUAUUAUCUAUUGAUGCCUUUGCAUUAAGAAAAUGUGAUCCUUCUGAUCCAAAAUAUUCGAAUUAUACUACGGGACCAUCAAAUCAAACUUUUUACAGUGGAUUACCAAAUGCUUGUAGAACUCAACGUGCCGCUAAUGCAUUCGGAUGGUUUGCUCUUACCGCUUGGUUAUGUUCUCUCGCAUUGACUGCAAAAGACUGGUAUACGAAUAGACGUCCACCGGUACCACAAGAACCGAUUACAUACGAUAAAAAGCCUUCUAAUAUAUCAGUAUCAUCAUCAUUAGAUGAACAAGGGUUACCAGAUACAUCUGCACAACAUCAAGAAAAUGUCCCCAUGCAAACUAUACAUCCACAACCGCAUCCGCAACAACAACAAUUUCAACCUUCUCCAACUUUUCCACAACAACAGUUUCAACAAACUUCUCCUCCAAUUUUCCCACAUCAACAAACUUUUAAUUCUCCACCUUUAGCACCAACUCCAGGUCCAGCGCCACCUUUUCCGCAACCACAAAUUCCAGGCCAAGGACAAGGUCAAGGGCAAGGGCAAGAGCAGCCCCCCAUUUCUUUCCCCGAACCCAAACACUUUUAA